AUGGAUAACAGUGGAGUCGUGUAUCCUCCUACGCCGCUGGAAUUGUCACCCGAAGAUGCACGGAUAAUCGAGAUGAUCGCCGAUCGACUCGUAGCUGAGACUUUACACGCUAGUGAGGACUUUGCAGCCCUACGACAUGUGGUCGACCCCAGCAGCUGGAAGCGAAUCAAAGAGAAAGACAGCAUUGUAGCCUACCAGAACAUUUCAGAUCUCCGCUCUACCAAACGCGAAAGAGUCUGGAGCGAAGAUACCGUCGUGGUCGCAGCAUCCCCUCAGAAUCCCACCUUCUACCCUAGUAACCGAUCCCUGGAAGACGACAUGUUCCGAGAAGGUUUCCAUAAUAUCGACGACUACGACUCGGAGGACGAGAGGGGUCUGCAUCACGACGACUUUACGAAAUUUGGAGCCAAAGCUGGAGCGGAAAUCAGCGUUCUUGAGAAAUUUCGACCUGCCAACGUACCGACGGUAUUCUCGCAUGGAGUUGUACCUGGCACGGUAGAGGACAUGGCGUUCGCCUUCUUAGCAGAUACAGACGAGCGUAGUCGCACGCGGUUCAACACGAAUAAAGACAAUUUGGUGGAAGACAUGAGGAUUCUAGCACAUAUCCAAGGCCCCACCAAGGAGGAUCCGUUCCGGUUCCUUGGGAUCAAGUGGUGCACUAGCCUGCCUAGUAGAACAGUGUCCCUGAUAGUGAAGCCCCGAGACUACUUGAUCAUCGAGGCAACAGGCAUGGCGCUCGACUCGAACGGAGAACGCUUCUCUUAUCUACUGAACCACUCGAUUGAGUUGGACCAAGUGCCUGAUUUUCGAGAUUUUGGACUCGUGCGUACAGUUUUCUCGGCUUGCCACAUCAUGAAGCCAUAUCAGAACGGAGAGGCCGUGGAUGCGUAUUCCAAAGGAUUUCUGACUAUUGGAGGCAACUUUAGUGUACGUCUUAGCGCGAUUCAGUUCGCUGAAGGCCUUAUCACUUUUCCUCGCGUGUUGGAGGAAUCGUAUUUGAAGAAACUGGCGUGGCUGAUGCACGACCAGCAUCGAUGGAGCUCCAGUAGCGGUAGCGCGAGCGAAGGCAGCAGCUUCAGUAGCAACGGAUCAAGGUCGUUACUGGACAAAGUUGUGGACGGCGCACGUGGACGCCACAUGAAGAAGAAAGAGCGCGAGUUCUGCUUGGACUGCUACCUCAAGGCGAAGAGACUACCUGCGUGGCAGGUAGCAGUAGCAACGCUAACAAAGUAA